CUUCUGGUUGUCAGUGAGGUUGGAGGGGUUCUGUUCUGCACUCUAUUCCGAUGCAACCAUCUAACCUUCCCAAUCGACCUUUCUUAACCCUAAUGACCUUUACCAAUCCCUGUCUCAGCGACCAUCCGCAAGUCCGAACUCUGCUUCCAUUAUAUAUAGCUCCAACUCCAACUCCCACUCCCACUCCCCCACUUUGAGCUGCUCCUCAAAUUCAAAUCUUUCUUUCAGCUCAAUCUCUCAGAAAGAAAAAGAAAAGAAAAAGUAGAACUUGUGGAUUUCCCACUUCUCGAAUCACACGACCCACUUUGGGUUCUGUAGUCCUUUUUUAUAGGUAAAUUAUUUUUGGUAGAAGCUGGUCUUUGAUUUUGUUUCUGUUAGAUCAGUGAUAGAACAACGAUGAAACUCCCAUUUUUCCACCAAAUCCUACUUUCAUAUUUGAUUCUGGUUUUCAUUUCAUAGCCCCAGUUUCAGAGUCUCUAUUUCCUCUCCAAGAUCAAGAUCCGUUACCCCCACACACUCCAUUUACUCUCACUGCCACUCGAGCUACUCCUCAAUGUUAAAUCUAGCUCAAUCUCUGUAACAAUCUUGACAAUCCCACUUCUGAGCCAAACCCCACCUUCAUAUUACACUUUCUUUUGCUUUUCAUGACCCCUUCCCUUGAGAACUCCCUCCCCAGAUCCAUAUCUGCCCCGUUCUCUCUCUUGGGAUGCCCAAAACUAUUAGUAAGCGAAGAUGGAUCUGACCCACGUACCUUCAAGAUUCCGACAAGCCAUUUCUUGUGGCCAUCUCUAGCGAAACCCGUCAACCGUUCCGGCGAUUUGGUAAAGCCAAUGAAACGGUCAGUUCGCCCGCUAUUCAGCCUUUUUCUGCUCAUCGUCUUCGCCGCCACCGUGAGCUUUCGCACAUUAAUCCGCCGCAGUGUGGGCUCGGGCAGUAUUGAGGUUGACCCGAUCAAUGUGCUGGCGCAGACGCCGCCGCCAAUGCCGGUCUUCAACUCCACGUUGCUCCAAUACGCCGCAAUAGACAUCGGUGGAGCACGAGCAAAGAAAGAGAUAGCGCAGUUGUUGGAUGGAAACUUUGGUGGGCAGGGAAAGUACAGGACCUUCGCCACCUGGCGGAGGUUCAAUCGCCACGAGGUGAAAGAGAGGCCUUCGAUUGGAUUGCCGUUGGGGCUGCGGUCGCCGCAGUUUUAUCGGUAUUGGUUGGAUUUCAGGCGAUUAUUGGAUGAAUGGGCUCGAAAGAAGGCAUUUUUCCAGCCAGAAGUCAUGUCGGAGUUGAUAAGACUAGUGAAGCAUCCCAUCGAUAGGCACAACGGGUUGUUGGGUUCUGACCGCCGGUACUCGUCGUGUGCGGUCGUGGGGAACAGUGGGAUUUUGCUGAAUAGUGAUAAAGGGGAACUGAUCGAUAGCCACGAGAUUGUAAUAAGAUUGAACAAUGCCAGAACCAAUGGUUUUGAGCGCGAUGUGGGUUCGAAAACCAAUAUUUCGUUUGUAAAUAGCAACAUUUUGCAUUUUUGCGUGAGAAGACAAGGUUGUUUUUGCCAUCCAUAUGGGAUAAAUGUGCCGAUCGUAAUGUACAUUUGCCAACCGGUGCAUAUUUUGGACUACACCUUCUGCAAUUCGUCCCACAAAGCGCCUUUGUUCGUCACCGAUCCGCGAUUUGAUGUGUUGUGUGCUAGGAUUGUCAAGUAUUACUCGUUGAAAAGAUUUGCAGAGGUGACGGGAAAGCCAUUGGAAGAAUGGGGGACUGCACAUGAUGGUGCUAAUUUCCAUUACUCUUCUGGUAUGCAGGCUGUGAUGCUGGCUUUGGGAGUUUGUGAUGAAGUCAGUAUUUUUGGGUUUGGGAAAUCGGCUUCGGCUAAGCAUCACUAUCAUACUAAUCAGAAGGUAGAGCUUGCAUUACAUGACUAUGAGGCAGAGUAUGCCUUUUAUCGAGAUGUGGUUGAGAAGCCGUGGCAAGUACCCUUCAUUUCUGGCAAUUUCAAGAUUCCUCCUACGGUUGUACUUUAUGUUGUUUGGAUGAGAAGGUUGAAAGUUCUACAACAUUUCCAAAAUUAUGGGAUUUAAAUUGAUGACCAAUUGGGACCAACUUGGGAAAGCUUUAAAGUCGCUUCUCUCUCUCACUCUAUCUGAAAUUGUUUGUGAAUGGAAGUAGUUAGUGAAGGAUGUAAGGAAAAAAUGCUGAGAAACGAAAUUCUCGUUUUGAUAGACCACGUCGUUCAUCAAGGUCCCGUAAAUCAAAUCCCAAAUAUUUGGGAUGAUCUGGUACGUGAAGAAUGCAUGCGGCAUGCAUGAAACGAGGAAGGCGGAUGAGACUGGGUCGUGGCCAGUGGGAGUUUGCGCAUGAAGUGCAUGAAGGGGUCUUCAGUAGUUACGCAUUUAACGUUAUUUUCCUUUCCGUUAAUUUCAUUCUGUUUUUAUGCUCUGUUUCAUGCUCUGUUUGAUGAUUCUAUUUUUAUGCUAUGUUUCAUGCUCUGUUUGAUGAGCAUUGUAUUCGGUUCUUAGUCUGCACGUUUUCCUUUUAUUUCGGGUUGCAAUGUACAUGACUGCUAUUUAAGCAGACGUGAGUUCUUAAUGAGGGGCAUCCAAAAAGUUAAGUCAAA